GCCUGCAGCAGCAAAUGAGACAGAACAACGAGGCGGGAGAGGUAGAAAGACAGACAGAGAGGGAGGGAGAGAGGCCCUGUGUAGGAGAGAGGGCUACAGGGUGAGGAAGAAGAAGGAGUAAGACAAAGUUAGGAGAAGUAAGAGAGAGGGUGCCCAGGGAAGGAGAAGACCGGGUGCAGAGAUUAACAACUACAGGAGAGAAGAAGACGGGAAACAACAGACAGGAAGGAAGGGGAGGGAGAAGUCUUGGAUAAAGAGGAAGAAAAAAGAGCUGAAGAAAACUUUUCUUGUGGGAAAACGCAGAUGAGGAAAACAGAGCGAGUGAAUGACUGGGCUGGAGAGAGCAGGGAGAGGAGGAAACCAGUUGUUUUCUAAGGCGUUUUCCACACAAGCCUCUGCACUUCUUUGGACAUGUACACAGAAGGCGCACAAGCAACGGGACACCACCGAUUUCUUCAGCACAAAAACACCCCCACCCCCUGCCCCUGCCAGCACUGUGUCCACUAUGAGCAGCCGUAUGGCCAUCAUGGGGGGGUGGGAUACCAACCGGCAUCGGCCAGACAGAUGGACCACCCAUCUCUGGACUUCAGGAGAGACAUCCAGGCUCCUCGGGUUAAAGACGUAGGAGGCAGAGCUUUCCUAGUGGACAGAGUUGAGAGAAGCGGUCAUCGCAGCCCACAGAGGAGGCCUGUGUUUGAAGGGCCCGGCCCUUACAGCCAGUCAGAUGACUUGAGCCAAGUUUGCCCAUGGGAGUUGAACCCGGCCCAGUGGAGCUACCCACUGGAGCCUGGGUCGAGACACUACCCGUCUGUCAGAGAACACUGUGGCUGUGUGGUGCACAGUGACACCGGGGCACACCCCUUUAAGGCUGGGACAACACAUCCUCUCCCUCAGCUUCAGGUCAAAGGUCAAGGGUACAGGCACAGGAGGACUGUCAGGUACAUCUCCAUGGACGAGGAGGAGGAAGGCUGUGAAUACACCUCUGAGAACUAUCAUGAGGAGCCACAUGGUCCCCAUUUAGGUCAUUUGCCCACUCCAAAUGGCCACUGUGGACCGAAGUCAGUGCUCUUUGAGGGAAGGGAGGAAAGAGAUAGCCAUCAAGAGCGGGGCAGACAGCAGGGUGGAUCAGAGGAAGGCUAUAAUGGAUGUGGUGGCUUUCACAAAGGUUUCUUCCCCACUGAAGUCCCACAAAAACACUUAAACCAAAGCAGACGGAAGGGGCCCUGCAUCUCUUCAUCGGGCAUCACCCUUCCAGAAACCUCAAAGUCCAUGACCAACAAUGACCACCAGCGCCAGGGUUCGGAGGUAGUGAAGCGGAAGAGGAGGCAGGACUUGGUGAGGGAUCAGAUCCGACAAGUGGUUACAGAUCUGGAGGAUGUGUUGGGGGGUUUGAAGCAAGUUCACGUGGAGAUGAAAGAGGUGGUCAAGCAGAUUGAUCGUCUCACAGCCAAUAUUGACCUGACUGAGGAGGCACCCUGCAGCACUCAGGGGUUGUCCAACAACUUUCAGAGCUCAACUCAUUCAGGUGACUUCAAGGUGGCCCUGCAGCCCAAUCACAAGCCUGCUCCAGUCCAGGCGUCACAACACGUUGACGAAGAUCGCAUCAUCUUAAGGACUAACUCCCCCUCCCCUGUCCACAUGGCAUCCGUUGUCAAAACCAGCUGCUUCAUCCCACCCAGCCACAGUAAAAAUGUCAACCACGACAGGCCAGGUGUAAACGGCCAUCUGCCUCACCUGUACCCCCCCAGGAACUCCAACGACAUUGGCCCAACUCAUCCAGAGCCCCAUCCACAGAGUCUAGACCCUAAGGUCAUACCUGGGAGCAACACUUCCAGUUCAAGAACUCAGAAGCCUCCGUCGUACCCCCAAAAUGGGUGGUGUGGCAAGAGCCUUUACCCGCCUCUCAAGCCCGCGAGGACCCCUGCCUACCCCGGGAGAGGCCGCAAGAGCACUAGCAUGGUGUGAAGGAGGGGGGUGGUCUGCCCUGGUGCCAUGGGGGCCUGAAAUAUGAGACCCUGCAACAGCGAGUGGCGGUCAGAAGGGACCAGGCAGGGGAACAACUCAUGCAGAAGCUGAUGCCACUGAGACAAGCUGUAUAUCGAUGGAAACAGAGCACACCCAGAAGGUGGGGAUAUUUCCAAAGGGAAAACUCCCCCAAGAGCCGACCCAUGACUGUAUGUCUUGCAAGCACAGCAGCACGGAGGAGCGGCAGUCGAACCUCUCUGAAAAUGUAUGCUUUUACUGUUACUGGAGAUGUAGUGGCAAAUAAUAAAGAAGAAAGAUAAACUGUGAACUGCUACAACCACCCAUAGAAACAUAAAGGUAUCUUUUCAUGCCAGUAUUAAUUUAUUUUUACUAUUUGUUUAUUGUAAAAACAUCUGUUGUCCGGCAGCUUACAUCAGUCUGGAAGCUACCUAUCCUAAUGUAUGCUAUAUUAAGAUUUAUAUUCUCCAAACUGUUGUACAGAUAUUUUACAAAUAAAAGGAUUUAGACUGUUUUUCUCUUCUACGUGGUUGUUACAGUAUGUAAGAGAAAAAGCAAGAGAGGAGACAGGAAAGUUGGAAAAGCAGAGUGGAGAUUAAAUUGCAGUACAACGGAUUCUUCUGCACUUUUCUCAUACAUAUCAAUCUGACAUCUCUAUUAUCUAACUCUAGAGAUGUUGCAUUGACUGCUGUAUGUCCCACAUUUGAAUAUGAAA